AGCCGCGGGCGCACGCGGAGCUGCAGUGCGCUAUCCGUGGUGCUGAACAGCCGCACUUCCUUCAUCAGCUGUAGCCACCACCAUAUCCACCGGCAGCCAAGUCGCUCCGGAGAUGAAAGAAAGACCCUCAAGGCUUACGGGAAACUGCUUCAAUGAUGUUUCAGACUUAGAACUGCGCCUUCCGGGGAGUCCGAUAUACUUUGAAAAACAACAUGGCUUUUCUAAGUCAAGAUGUCUGCAGAACUAAAGCAAAUGAGAACCACGGCGGCUGGUUGGGUGAAUUGGUGUGAUGCAACUAUUGGUUGGCCGUAUCUCAGUAACUGUUCCACACAUCUGCACUCCUACAGCCUCCAAAGAUUGUUUUGAAUGCAACUGGCAUCUGUUGUCCUACCCCUUACUUCAAGUAUCUUUCCAGGAACAUCUAGUGCAUAAGAAGGCAACUUGCAUAAAGAAUCUAGUCAACCCAAUGGAGGAAAAAGAUGUAAUUUUGCUGUGCUUAACUGAGGAAUUUUGCUUUCCAGCCGCAUUCAACUGAAGGAGAAGGAGGCAAUACCAAGAGCUAUUUAUACAGAGAUUAAUGAAUUCACUGGAAAUCCUAGGAAAACAGCACAGCAGAUUCUGUUGGCCUUGCCUACCAUAACCCAGCAGUACAGAAAUAAUUGACUGAAUGCAUUUUCUGCUCUGUAGUAGAUGGCAAAAUAAACAAAGAUUCAUCUGCUUUCCAUUUGGAUAAAGACUGGAAUACAAGAAAUAUGGCCCUACAGAGCAAUCUGGGACUGGAGAGUACAGCCAUGUCUUACAACCAAAUGACCAACACGCUGCAAAACUCAGUGAUGGGCUGGGAGGAUCAAGAAACUCUCAAAGUAGAUUUAAGGAAGUCUUUGUCUCUAGGCUGAUGUGGGAGAGCCCUAUGGAAUACAGGUUAGUGAAAUUCUGCACUGCCAUUAAGUAUGACAAGCCAAGAUCAAUGACUCAGAGAAGAAACUUUUCCCAUGAACUUGGAACCAAGUUCUCCUUUUGGACUCUUUAAUUAGACGGUAGCUCCAUGCCAGUGUCUCCAAUGAGGUGUUGGUUGCUGUCCGUCACCUCUGUGGUGCUGAAAUUUGGAUGAUGUCUAUCAGGAGACCCAAGGGCUGUUGCUGCAUGUCACACUUCAACGAGGACAAUGGCAGGUUCAUCCUCUUAGCAGUGCUUAUUGUAGCAUACCUGACCGUUGGAGCCACUAUUUUCUCAGCCAUUGAGAGUCCAUCUGAAGCAGAAGCUCAGCAUCGUUGGAACUGGACCCUACAGAACUUCAGCCAAAUCUUCAACAUUAGCCUCCCUGAGCUAAGGGCCUUCCUACGAAGUUAUGAAGCAGCCAUGGCAGCAGGCAUCAGGGCAGAUGCCCUUCGACCAAGAUGGGACUUCACAGGGGCUUUCUAUUUUGUGGGCACAGUAGUGUCAACAAUAGGUUUUGGGAUGUCCACCCCAGCAACAGUAGCUGGGAAAGCCUUCCUUAUUGUUUAUGGUCUGUUUGGGUGUGCUGGAACUAUACUGUUCUUCAAUCUCUUCCUGGAACGGAUCAUCUCGCUUCUGGCUUUAGUCAUGAAGGCUUGCCGUGAGAGGCAGCUGCGGAGAAGCGGUCUUCUACCUCCAACCUGCCGAAGGGGCUCAGCCAUCUCUGACGCAGACAGCCUGAUUGGGUGGAAGCCAUCGGUCUAUCAUGUGAUGUUGAUUCUGGGAAUCUUUGCCAUUACUAUUGCUUGCUGUGCCUCGGCCAUGUACACAGCCGUGGAAGGGUGGAAUUAUAUUGACUCUUUAUACUACUGCUUUGUCACCUUCAGUACAAUUGGAUUUGGCGAUCUGGUGAGCAGUCAAAAUGCUGUGUACCGAAAUCAGGGAUUAUACAGAUUUGGGAACUUCAUGUUUAUAUUAAUGGGGGUAUGCUGCAUAUACUCUCUUUUUAAUGUCAUCUCGAUUGUAAUCAAGCAGGUUCUAAACUGGAUGCUAAGAAAAUUUCGAUGCAGAUGUUGCCCUGAUUGCCAUAAGCCAACCGCUCGCCUUGGGCGGCGCAAUGCCAUCACGCCAGGAUCUCGCUUCCGCCGGCACAACAUCUCUAUGGAAACCGACGGACAGUAUGACAGUGACACAGACGGGAGAAGACUCUCUGGGGAAAUGAUCUCCAUGAGGGAUCUCACUGCCUCCAACAGAGUCUCUCUGGCGCUUCUGCAAAAGCAAUUAUCUGAGACAGCCAAUGGCUACCCUAGGAAUGUCUGUAUAAACACUAGGCAAAAUGGCUUUUCAGGAGGUGUUGGUGCUCUAGCCAUCAUGAAUAACAGACUGGCAGAGACGAGCGAUUCUAGGUAGAAAUUUUGAAAUUGAAAAAAACCAUGCAAUUUGUUUAAAAUAAUUUUUUAAAAAAGGUUUUCCCAAAUGCGUCAGUAUUUCUCCCCUUUUUUAUCCUUACAUAGAGAAUUAUGAUCAGUACUUAUAACAAUGGGGUACAUUAUUGAGUAAUGAUGGAGGCUCAGUUCAGACAUCAUGCCAAACCAUGGUUUAAUUAAACUAACCAUCAUCAACAGUGUAAUUAUCCAGUGCAGGCUAAUCCAGAAACUAUGGUUAAUUACAGUACAUCAUACCAGAAUCUGAAACUGUGGCUUAGAAUUUGUCUAUUCAUCAGGUUAAGACUCACCUGUGAUUUCAGGUGACAAACUAACACAGAUCCUGGUUUAAUCUUGGUUUGUUUCCUGGCACUGCAGGCGAGAUGGGGGAAAGAGCAAAACACAGUAACACUUGCAUUUGGCAAGAAAACCAGGAUUUGAAUGAGUACCUGCAAGCUGUGUCCAGGCUUCACAAAUUCACUGUAAUUCAACAUGAUUUCCCAUUAUGUCUGAACUGAAGGAGUGUGGUCACCAUAGUUUUGAUAUUUUAAUGCAGGGAUGUCCAACUCUGGCCCUCUAGAUGUUCAUCUGGAGAGUCAGAGUUGGACACCCCAAUUUUAAAGGAUUAAAAUGCCACAACAGUGGCUCAAAAUAUUCUAGAUCUACUAACUUCUAUGAAGAACUGAUACAAAAUGUUCAAUUUGCUUUCUUUUCUUCCCAUGUUGUUGAUUACAUUUAUGUCCCACCUUCCUUCCGUGGAACUUUUAUGGCAGCAUACAUGGGAUUGCCAGGAAUUUUCCCAUCUAAGCACUGUUCAGACCUCACACCUGCAUAGCUUCAGCAAAAUUGCAACAGCAUGUGCCUUUGGAUCAUGACUGAAGAUUCUUUCUACUUUUAGGUGUUAUGAAUAUACGUUCAGAUAUUGGGUGAAGCUUUAGUGCUGCUUUUCACACUAUUCUGUUUCAUUCCCAGAAGGCAUAUCCAAGUCUGAAAAAAAAAUCUAUGAACACCCAAAUAUGAGAACAAUAAUUUUAUUUGUUUCUUUAUUCAUAAAAAAUUAUACCCUGCCUCAUGCCCAUGUUUCUAGGCAGCCUGCACUGGUUAAAACAUUUUUUUAAAAAACACAAUAAAAUAAUAAUGCUACUAUCAGUUACAUAAGAUUUUCAGCUUUGCAAAAAUGCUUUCUAGUUUUGUACGAGGCAGGGUAUUGAUAUCCUUCCUGCUUCAUAGAUGGGGAAUUGCAGCCUAGAGAGAGCAGUUUGCCCAAUGCCACUAAAUAACUCCACAGCAAAGGUAGCACUAGAACUCAGGUACCUCUGAUUCAAGUUUACUAGACCUUCCACAGUGUCACCCUAAACAGAGUUAGACUCUAAGGGAUUUAGAAAGUUGCAACUUUCCUUCGGACUGCACCAACAAUCUCUGACAUGCAUAUCUCAUUCGAGUUGGGCUGAGCCAGAAGUACUUAUGUUUUCCUGCUCGUUUUC